UUCAUGCAAUUUCAGUCACCACUGCGCUCCCGCAAUCGCUCGCCCCGAGCGCAGACGAUGGCCCUGUCGAUCGAUGAGCCCAAACCUCGGACGCUGCAGCCUCUCGACAGCAGCAGGCAGCACCGCCCAAUACAUGCCUCGCUCAUGCCAAGUCAGCGCCUCGCCCUCUCUCCGAGCAAAAACUCACCGGAAGUCGAUCCGCAAACUUUGUUUGUACUUGAGACUUUCUCCGGCUUCCGCACCUCCGCCCUUCCCCUCCCCAGCCCUGCCUAAUCUGCAAGUAAUCCUGUUUUGGUAAGAGAUUAAAAUAGUUUCAUUAAAAAAGUGCGCAAGGUCCCGGACCAUGACAGCGAUAUGAGCCUUUCUCAGUACGGGACUCGUCGAUCGAUAUUUUUCGUUGGCAUGUGCAAGUUUUCUUAAUUGUGAGUCUCGGCCAUCAAAAAGCGUCGGAUCGGAGCGCGGAGCAGUGCUGCCAUGGAGUGUUUGUUGACGUCUGGGGUGGGCAGCGCAUGUCUGCGGCCAGGGGCUGGGGUUGGGGUUUCAGCCCAAGGCCAAUGGCGGAGGGCGUUUUUUGGGUCGGAUCGAGAGGUGAAGCUGCGCAAGUGCUGGUCAGAGAGAAGGGCGAGGAGAUUCGCGACGAGUGCAUCUGUUGUGGAGUAUGAUGUGGUGAUUGUCGGGGCGGGCGUCAUCGGAGUGGCGACCGCGCACCAUAUUCUUACCACCACUCCCUUGUCCGUCGCUCUGGUCGAUGCUCGUGAGCCUUGUGCGGGUGCGACCGGUGCAGGACAGGGAUACAUCUGGAUGACCCACAGGAAACCGGGAACUCCAGGAUGGCAUCUUGCAAAGCGCAGUAAAGCCCUUUGGGAAACCUUUGCCAUGGAAGUAGAGGACAGCGGUUUGAACCCGACAGAAGCACUAGGCUGGAGAAAAACAGGUAGUCUCUUGGUCGCCUCCACAGAUGAGCAGGCAAAAUAUCUACAAAACUGGGCUCAAGUUCUCUCGGAAGCAGGAGCGGCGACAGAUUUCUUGACACAUUUGGAGGCUGUAAACAUGGAACCGGCUCUUGCAACCGGCUGCCUUACUGCAGCUGCGCUAUGCCAUGAUGACCUACAAAUCGAUGCCAGAUUGACAAUUGACACUCUACUGCAGAGAGUAAGAGAUUUCGAAUCAAGGGGACGUUACAAGGAGCUCUUUCAGAGUCCAGUCCAGCACUUCAUACGGUCAUCAAGAGAAGGAAGGUUAAUUGGAGUUGAGAUCCCUGAAGGAAAGGUCUUUGGCAAGAGUGCAGUAGUCAUUGCAACUGGGGCUUGGAGUUCUUUACUAAUGAAAACUGCCACAACCGAGUGGGGAAUGUCACUUGUUCCUCCAAUGAAACCUCGUAAGGGACAUUUGCUUGUUAUUGAGGGAACUCAUGACAUUCAGCUGAAGAGCGGAAUCAUGGAAUGCGAGUACCUCUCCUAUAAUUCUCAAUCAAGUAAAUCAACAGAAGCUACAACGGAGCCAGGUCCUUCCAUUGUCAUGACGGCCACCUUGGACCCAAAUGGGAACCUUCUAUUAGGUAGCUACAGAGAAUUUGCAGGCUUUAACAUCGAUGUUCAAGACGAGGUCAUAGAAAAGAUGGUGGAAAGAGCAGCACGUUUUUUACCCGGAGUUUCAAACAUGGAGGGGAGAGUACGGACAGGCUUACGGCCAUACAUCAAUGAUGGAAGGCCUAUGAUAGGUCCAGUGGACGAUGUACCCGGCCUUAUAUUUGCAACUGGCCAUGAAGGGUCUGGAUUAUGCUUGUCCCUUGCGACUGCAGAGAUGGUAACGAAUAUUAUUCAGGACGUUAAAGGGCCCGUAGAAUCUGCACCGUUCCUGCCGAAUGGGCGCUUGAGUUCUUCAACAAUGUGAAGGACGCCGAACUGAGAAGAUUGGAAAGAAUCUGGUGACAACAUAUGGGAUCACGUUUUCUAAUUAUUGCAAGCAUCGUACGUUCAUGAAAGCAAUAGAGUUCCUCUCAAGUCGUGUUGAACAGUGGUGGCUCACUUAGAAUCAUGCAUUUUGCUGUGCAAGAAUUUCUCGGGAGCAUUUAACUUGUGCGCCAAGGAGGCGUUGAUUGCGCUGAGGUUUGACAAAGAGAUUAGCUUCGCCAUUUGGCGCAUUUGCAGCUGACAGUCCUUAGCUGUAGUGAGGCACUCGCCGAUGUGAAUUACCUCAUUCGGGUGACAUCUACCUUUGUACAUACAAAGGCUGGAUUAUCUUAGCAGCACAAAUGAGGGAUCUCGAUACCCAUGUAUUUGAAGACGGUGAUUUUUGUUCCAUUCGCCGUCGUCCAAUUAUAAUCAUAAUUAUUU